AUGAGCGUAGUAGGCUUGUUAUUUUUUCUACUUCUCACUUUCAUCAUUUCCAUUCUUUUCAUUAUCUUCUUCCGGCUCGCCGGAAAGAGUCCGAAAGCCGACCGACGGCGGCUCCCACCUGGACCAACAAGCUGGCCCAUUGUAGGCAACCUCUUACAAUUGAGCCAGUUGCCUCACAGGGACUUUGCACGUUUUUGUUCUACUUACGGCCCAUUAGUCUAUCUCCGACUCGGCUCGGUGGAUGCCAUAACUACCGACGACCCGGAGGUAAUCCGCGAGAUUCUUGUCGGACAAGAUGACGCCUUUGCGUCGCGUCCAUCAACGGUGGCGGCGGCCCGCUUGGCCUACGGCAGUGGAGACGUGGCCCUUGCGCCGAUGGGCUCCCAUUGGAAGCGCAUGCGAAGGAUUUGUAUGGAGCAUUUGCUAACCACAAGAAGGCUGGAAUCGUUUGCUGCCCACAGGGCGGAGGAGGCCCGAGAUCUGUUCAUGGAUGUGUGGGCCAAAAGUAGCUCCGGCGAAACUAUCGACUUAAGGCAGGUGUUGGGAGGCUUCUCCAUGAACAACGUGACAAGGAUGCUGUUAGGGAAGAAAUACUUCGGGCCGGCGCGGGCAGGGCAGCGAGAGGCAAUGGAGUUCAUGGCCAUUACACACGAGCUUUUCCAUCUUCUAGGGAUCAUAUAUCUGGGAGAUUAUUUGCCGGCAUGGCGCUGGUUGGACCCUACAGGUUGUGAGAGGAAGAUGAGAGAGGUGGAGAAGAAGACAGACCAGUUUCACCAAAAGAUCAUAGACGAGCACAGGGAGAGAACAAGGAGGAGGAAGGAGACCAGAAGAAGCAAUUGUAAGGAGGACGAUGAUGAUGCCAUGGACUUUGUUGACGUUUUGCUUUCUCUGCAUGGGGAGGAUGGCAGGGAGCACUUGAAUGAUAAGGAGAUCAAAGCUCUGAUGCAGGACAUGGUUGCAGCGGCUACAGACACUUCAGCUGUAACAAGCGAGUGGGCAUUCACAGAGCUCCUUCGCCAUCCCCACGUCCUUCAAAAAGCCCAAUUUGAAUUGGACUCCGUUAUAGGCCUCGAUCGGCCCAUUCGUGAAUCGGACCUUCCUCAUCUGCCUUACCUCCGUUGCAUCGUUCGCGAGACCUUCCGAUUACACCCAGCCGGCCCAUUUCUCAUCCCACACGAAUCUCUCCGACCGGCCCAUCUGAUGAACGGCCGUUACACCCUCCCUUGUCACACACGUGUAUUCAUCAACACCCAUGCACUGGGGCGGAACCCACACGUGUGGGGAAAUGAUGUGGAUGAGUUUAGGCCGGAGAGGCAUGAGAAGGGGAAAGGGAAGGUGGAGAUUAGUCAUGGGGAUGAUUUUGUGAUUUUGCCAUUUGGGGCUGGGAAGAGAAGGUGUCCGGGAGCGCCGCUUGGGGUGGUGAUGGUGUUGAUGGGAUUGGGGACUUUGUUACAUGGAUUUGAUUGGAAGGCGGCGUAUGGGAAGAGGCCGGAGGAGGUGGGAGUAGAGGAGAUUUAUGGGAUGACAAUGCCGAGGGCGGAGCCGCUCAAGGCGGUGGCGACGACGAGGUUGAAGGAGGGCAUAUAUAUGUCGGAGGAAAGGCUUGGUAAGUAUAUCAGCUAUCUGUUCUUGAGAAGAAAUGUGUUGAAUGUUGAUGUUGCCGGAGAGAAGAUGCUGGCGAAUGAAUUGAAAAUCAAUCUCUAUAUGCUUGGUACGGGCUUGGAAUACCGAGUUUUUGGCAAUGGCUAUGGCGGAUAUGCUGUCACAGUGAAUGACAGUCGGUGUAUGUUGUCGCAGCUGUAA